AUGUUCGAUAUGUUCGAUAAAGAAAGCGGUUUCGUCCGAAACGUGGUCAACGAAAUCGUGAGAGAGUGCUCCUUCAAAAGACUCCAAAUUAAUAAGAACUUCGCUACAUUUUUAACUAAUUUGCAUUUGCUCGAUCCAACUUGGGACAUACAAGAAGAUUUCCUAUGCAGCAGAGGUCGCGUGGAAGAUUUUGUGAAAUACGUAAUGGAAGAGUUGCUUACCAAGCAAGAAUCGCCAAAAAUAAUAACUUUGAAAAUUCAAUUUUAUUUCGUUUGCAAUCAACAAUAUUCACCCAUGAUAGUCCAAACAAACAGGGAUAGUUUCAAAAAAAAAAUUGAAGUACUUUAUAAAGACAUAAUAGAAUGUAGAAAGCUCGAGACAAUAUUUGGUGUCGAAUUAUUGUAUAAAAAAAUGGCUUAUUAUAUGACUUUGGUUACUGGUUUGGGGAAUCCCACUGAACCAAGGGUUUUUGCGGAAGCUUUAGCUGCUCUAAAAAGUAUUUUGAAAGAAGAUUACCUGAUGGAAUUUAUAAAACUCUCAAAAACCACAAAAAAAGACGAGUUCCAACAUUUCAAUAACAUUGUAGCUGGCAUUAGAUUGUACAAUAGGCACUUAAAAGUAGGAGGAGCAGGAAUUCCAAACUUGCCAGAAUUACUUUAUAAAGGUACGGUUACUAUUAAAAUUGGCAUAGAAGAAACGUUGGCAAACAUAAAACACAAAUCCCAAAUUUUGACUUUUGUUAUACGUAAGAACUAUACGAUCGCGAAAACCACUCGAGGGUAUAAUAUGGAAGUCAAAUUCGUCGGGACUCGCCAGCAAACUGAUGACAUUAACUAUAUGAAACAUCUUUUGGUGUUUUUUAAACAGUACGAGUUAAUUGUCAAGGAUAUUAUGAAGAACGUUGAGGAGAUCGAGGAGGAACUUGAAAAAUUUUACAGUGAAAUGAAGGAAUUAUUGACACUCGCUCAUUCUUCUAUUCAUAAGAAAGUUGCCAUACCGGCAGAGAUAGUUUAUCCAAUUUUUAAGAAAUUAUGGUCAAUGUGGGAAAAGUUCCAAAACAAGGCUCUACUAUUGAAAAGAAUAAUUACUAUGAUGACAAAUUUGCAAACUUAUGCCAUACAAACGGGAUAUCAAUACUUAAAAAUUGCCCCUAUUAAGAAUUACAAUGAAGCUGAAAGUAAUAAUUUCUGCUUACGUUCUAAAAUUCGUAGAUCAUAUAUCACUAUAAUCAAGUACGAAGAAUGGAAUGAAUUGGAAAAUGUCGAACUCGAGUAUCUUGGUUUUUGUCCUUGGACACUGAUGCAAACAGACGGAGCUCUAAUUCCGGGAGACCCUUCUAUGGGAGUAGCAGAAUUUCAUAAUAAAUAUUAUGCGUUUACUUGUCCCGAAGCUUUUCAAGAAUUUGAUAAAAAUCCACAUUUGUGCAUAAAUAGUGUUCUGGAGCUGGCCAGAAAACAACCACAAUUCAUCAAUCUCCUCCAUUUGACAAAAAAUCUGGAAAAAGUCUAUCAUAUCAAAAAUCUUAUCGAGGCCAAAGCUGACCUUAGAGCUUACAAAGACAUAGGAACCCAAACCGAAGACCACAUCGUCAAAUCGAACAUCGACUUGAAAUACCACUGGAACGUGUGGGAUUUGAAACGACUCGCCUUGACCACGGCUGCUUUGUCUCAUAGUCGAACCAAGGCCUGUCAAUCUAAUAAAACCACCAGCAAAACUAACAUUGGAAAUCAAACUUAUUCGACUGAAAAACAAGUUUGGACGCAGACUCGCAAAAAUGCGGGGUCGAAUGGACCAAAACCGUCUAUUUUUAUGUACGGUUUGAGGGGUAGAAGAACGGAUGAGCAAUUUAAAAUCGAUUUGACGUUGCCUUAUAAAUAGUGAUUAGGAUAGACUAUUAUGUAUAUUUUUUUUUUAGGGAUCAAUUUUUGUAGG